AUGGGAGCGGAAGUCAAAGCCCAAGGAGGGCGAUACGGCAACGCUCUGCAAGCAGCUUCUCGGAGGGGACAUCUCGAAAUUAUGCAGAUCCUGCUACACAAGGGAGCCGACGUCAAUGCUCAAGGCGGACGGUAUGGGAAUGCUCUUCAGGCAGCUUCUGAAGGAGGUCAUCUCAAGGCUGUGCGGAUGAUACUUGACAAGGGAGCUGAAGUCCAUGUCCAAGGUGGACUAUAUGGCAAUGCGCUCCAGGCAGCCUCUGAACGAGGACAUCUCGAGAUCGUGCAAGUCCUAUUAGACAAUGUAGAGGCAGUCACUGGUACCAGGCAGACAGACGAGGAUAGCAAGGAUAGGAAUGCCUAA